AUGGACAUGCACGAAGUUGCCUCCAAAGUACAGACACUCGUUGCGCUGCGUCACUUUGUCGCAGCGUUUGACGCAGGACAGGUUGCCUCCAAGCCGGUGCAGCUCCGCAUCACGCCGGACGCGGUGGUGGACGUAGGCACGCGCGAGACGCUCUUUCUCAUCCAGCAGAAGCAGUACUCGCUGCACCGCCAGCGCACACUACUGGACGCUCGCAACGAGCUACCCGUGGCCACGCUGCGUCUCAGCAUGUUCAAUCGUACGCCGACCUAUAGUGCCUACCCCAGGACGGAACACGAGGAGACUCCUUACGCCUUCAAGUUCACCGCUGAUGACACCACGGUGCGUUCGGAGUUCACAGAUCUGGUCGGCGGCCAGCACUGCACCCUCGGUUGCGAUCCAGCCAAGGACGGCAGCGACUCGCUUAACUUUUGGCUCGUGCGCGGUACAGGCGAGACGGCCGACGUGCAGCAGACCAUUGCCCGCCUCACUUACACGCAUAAGAACCCCAAGACUAAGGAAGGUCAGAGUGUCGUGGUCGACGUUGCCCCCGGUGUGGACCGCAUGAUGAUGAUUCUCAUCUGCAUCGGCCUACUCGACGAGGGUUUCGAGGAUGAGCAUACGCAGCAGUAG